GCACCCCUCAACCACAUCAUUUCCCGCUGUAUCACUCCCGACGUGUACACUCUUGUGUCUCAAACGAACAAUGGCGACUAAAUCAUCCCUCCAAGCUGCGGAGGACUUCCUGGCCUUUGUCAAUGCCUCGCCUACUCCCUUUCAUGCUGUACAAUCAGCCAAGAAGCGGUUGGAGAGUGUUGGAUUCAAGCAAAUCAAAGAGCGAGACUCAUGGGCACCAACCCUUCAGCCUGGUGGCAAGUACUACCUCACCCGUAACACAUCGUCCAUCGUCGCUUUUGCCAUCGGCAAGAAAUGGAAGGCUGGAAACCCCAUCGCCAUGAUCGGUGCCCAUACCGACUCACCGUGUCUGCGCAUCAAGCCUGUAUCCAAACGACAAGGCGAUGGCUUUAUCCAAGUGGCCUGUGAGACAUAUGGUGGCGGUCUAUGGCAUACUUGGUUCGACCGCGAUCUCAGUAUCGCAGGUCGGGCUAUGGUGCGGACAAAGGACGGUAGCAUCGAGCAGCGCUUGGUCAAGGUGGAGCGGCCUAUCCUGAGAAUACCUACCCUGGCUAUCCAUCUUGAUCGCCAGGAGAACUUUCAGUUCAACAAGGAAACCCAGCUCUUUCCGAUCGCUGGCUUGGUCGCUGCAGAGUUGAACCGUCAAGGCAAGACUGAGGAAUCCAAGGAAGAUAGCAAAGAGUCCGACGGCCCAUUCGAACCGCUUGCAGCACCGACCGCGAGACAUCAUCCGUACAUUGUCGACAUCAUCGCCGAGGAAGCAGGUGCUGAAGCGAGUGAUAUUGUAGACUUUGAGAUGGUCCUGUACGAUACUCAGAAGUCCGUCAUUGGCGGUCUGAACAACGAGCUCAUCUUCUCGCCGCGUUUGGAUAAUCUGAUGAUGACAUACUGCAGCGUUGAGGGAAUCGUAAAGAGUCUUUCUUCGGAGUCGGCCUUGGACAGCGAUUCCACUAUUCGGCUGAUCGCAUGCUUCGACCACGAAGAGAUUGGCUCCCAAACCGCACAGGGAGCGGACUCGAAUCUGUUGCCUGCUGUCAUUCGUCGUCUAUCAGUUCUGCCAGCCUCUGAGAGCAGCUCCGACAAGUCUUACGACAAGGUUGAAGCUGACACUACUACCGCUUAUGAGCAAACGCUAUCCACGUCGUUCCUCAUCUCCGCUGACAUGGCGCACUCUGUACACCCCAACUAUCCCGCCAAGUACGAGGCCCAACACAGACCUGAGAUGAACAAGGGUACCGUUAUCAAGAUCAAUGCGAAUGCUCGUUAUGCCACAAACUCGCCAGGUAUCGUCUUGCUUCAAGAGGCUGCACGCCGCGCAAAGGCAGCUUCUUACAACCCGUCAUCAACCAAGCAAGGCGUUCCUCUACAACUCUUUGUUGUUCGCAAUGACUCGUCCUGUGGCAGCACUAUCGGACCCAUGCUGUCGGCAGCUAUGGGUGCUCGUACACUCGACCUGGGCAACCCUCAGCUCAGCAUGCACAGCAUCCGCGAGACUGGUGGAGUCCAUGAUGUUGAGCACGCCAUAAACUUGUUUGACAGUUUCUUCGAGAACUUUGAGGAGCUUGAGAAGACAAUCAUCGUCGACUGA